AUGGCAUACGUCGUACACAUCGUGCAAGACGACCUUGACAUCGACAAAGACAAUCACCUCAACAAAGAGCGAAAGCACCAGGACGGUGGUGGUCGGGACGACAACGACUUCCACUGCUCCAACGUCAGUAUCGACGGCCACCGCUACUAUUGUUGUAACGGCGACAGACACGACGGUUUCGACGUCUGUUACUACGACUACGACAACCUCUCCAACGACUGCGACGACCACCAUUCCAGCUGCGGCAACGUUCACUCCGGUUCAAACAUCUCUCCCAGGUUCUACGUACUCUGGAACAGGGGGUGCGGAUCCCGUCGCGAAACGCGCACUCCUGGGCGCAACCUUCGAGCGGGCGAAAACAGGCGGCGGGAAGCGGACGAGCCCCUCAAAACCAAAAGACAUAAAUCCAGGCAUCUCAUGGCAGCUUUACCCAACAUGUGUGACCUGCAACAGGUGGACUCAUUCCACGUGCUCGACGACCACGGCCACGGCUGUCACCACGACUACUACAACCUUGACAUCGACUACUACAGCCACAAUGACUGCUACCUCAACGUCCACAGCUACAGCAACCUCGGUAGUGUCAACUACAACACUCUAUGCAGCCUGUGCUACAAAUAA